AUGCCUCCAAUCCGCCUCGCAACAGCAUCCCCCGCAACAGCCCCAACAACAUCCCAAACCCUCUCCGACAUCGCCUCCCUCGCCCACCGCGCCUCCUCCUCCAACGCAGACCUCCUCCUCCUGCCCGAAGCCUACCUCGGCGCAGGCUACCCCCGCGGCGCCUCCUUCGGCUCCAAAAUCGGCUCCCGCGCCCCCGAGGGCCGCGACGAGUUCCUCGCCUACUUCAACGCCGCCGUCGACCUCGGCGACACCGUCGGCGACGCGGGCGCGGGGGGCGGCGACAAGUGGGUGAAGAAGCAGCUCCCCGCGCAGCACGAUGCCGCCGGCGCCAAAAUCGAGAGGGGCGAUGGGUCCAGAGAGGAACUGGAGAAGAUUGCCGCGCAGACGGGCGUCUUCCUCGUCGUCGGGUGCAUUGAGCGCGCCGGCGGGAGCUUGUACUGCGCCGUUGUCUACGUCUGUCCCAAGCUGGGCAUGAUUGGAAAGAGACGCAAAGUGAUGCCCACCGCAACAGAACGCCUCAUCUGGGCCCAAGGCUCUCCCGCAACCCUCCGCGCCGUCUCGACAACAAUCAAGGGCGUCCGCAUCAACCUCGCCGCCGCAAUCUGCUGGGAGAGCUACAUGCCCCUCCUCCGCCAAUCCCUCUACGCCCAAAACAUCAACCUCUACCUCGCUCCCACCGCAGACGGCCGCGACACCUGGCUGCCCCUCAUGCGCACCGUCGCCUGCGAGGGCCGCUGCUUCGUCGUCUCCUCCAACAUGGCCGCCAGGCCCCUUGUCUCAUCCUCACCAUCAACAACGACGACGACGCAGGCGCAAAACAACAACAACAACAACGACAGCGGCAUCGAAGACGCAGAAGACGCCCAGAUUUACCCCCCGCGCGCGCGCCGCAACUCGUGCUUCACAGAAGACGGCAACGAAAUCGCUCUCCCCGGCAACGGCACCAGCACCAGCACCAGCACCAACGGCACAACCCCCGCACCCAAGGCCAAAACGACCUCGAAACCGGCCCUCAAAUCAGAAGACUGGGUCUCCCGCGGCGGCUCCUCCAUCGUCGGCCCCUUUGGCGACGUCCUCGCCGGACCGCAGUGGGAGGACGACGAGGGCAUCAUUUACGCCGACGUCGAUUUUGAAGACUGCAUUCGCGGACGGUUGGACAUUGACGUUGGAGGAAGCUAUUCGCGCAACGACUCCUUCAAGUUUUCCGUCGAGGGCUUGGAUCUGGACCCCUUGCCGUAUUAA